AUGGCGCCCGUAAAGAAGGAGAAAGAAGAAAUGAGCGCUUUUGAGCGAAGCCGUCUCGCCAAUAUCGCCACAAACCAAGCAAUCGUCAAGGACCUCUCCUCUGCCGCAGCGAAGAUUGCGCCCAAACCCAUCGCACGACCGAAAUCCGCUGCUCCACGCAAAAAAGCGACGCCUGUAAAGAAAGAGAUUACCAGACCCUCGAGGACUAGUUCACGGUUGGCGGGUAUCGAGGCAGACAGCGAGACGCAGAAGCGCAAGGCCGAGGUGGAAUAUGAGUUUGCGGCAGAGCAGGCUAAGGCGAAGAAGCAGAGAGUUACGGGGGAUCUGAACUUCAGUGAUAUUGUCGUGGAUGGGAAGAAAUACCGUAGGGAUGAGGGGUUCUUGUCGGGAAUUAUGCGGGGUGCGCAGCCGAAUGUAAGGACUUUCACUGAGGAGGAUGUGAAGGAGACUACGGAUGAGGGAUUGAAGGCUUUGAGGGAGACAAUGAGUGGCUUAGAGUUGUAUGAGGGAUAUGAGCCGAAUCAAAUCAAAAUCACUCCUGAGCGCAUCUACUCGCUUGGCUUCCAUCCUUCCGAAGACAAAGCACUGAUUUUCGCGGGUGACAAGCUGGGGAAUAUGGGCAUUUUCGAUGCUUCUCAAACCGGACCAGAAGCCAAGGUCGAGGACAACGACGAGGAGGAGGAGGAAGCAGACACUCCCGAGCCAGCUAUCACUGCUUUGAAGCUGCAUUCGAGAACAAUCACUUCGUUCGUCUUCCCGGCUGACGGAAACCACUUAUUUUCAGCUUCGUACGACUCUUCAGUGCGCAAAUUUGAUUUGCAAAAAGGUGUAGCCGUGGAAGUCUUUGCGCCCGCAUCAGCGGAUGAGGAGUUGCCGAUUUCAUGUAUAUCUAUCCCGGCUUCCGACCAAAAUUUUCUGUAUUUUUCGACGCUCGAAGGCUCGUUCGGUAGAUACGAUUUGAGGACCAAGCCUGCCGAUGCCGAGAUUUGGCAGCUCACCGACAAGAAACUAGGAGGGUUUUCCAGCCAUCCGUUGUACUCGCAUUUGAUCGCAACAGCUUCUCUGGAUCGAACUCUGAAGAUCUGGGACCUGCGGAGCAUCAAAGGGAAAGGAGAAUCGAGAGCUCCAGCGCUCAUGGGCGAGCACACCUCCCGGCUGUCUGUAUCCCAUGCUUCAUGGUCUGCCGGAGGUCACGUUGCAACAUCCUCAUACGAUGAUACGAUCAAGAUUCACUCUUUCCCUCAGGCCGGAUCAUUCACGCCUGGGCAGGAUUUCGACGAUGAUGCUAUGGCACCCGCUGCUACUAUCAAGCACAACAAUCAGACCGGCCGUUGGGUCACGAUUUUGAAACCCCAAUGGCAAGAAAGACCUGACGAUGGCAUUGACAAGUUCGCUAUCGGCAACAUGAACCGUUUUGUCGACGUGUAUAGUUCAAGCGGAGAACAGUUGGCCCAACUGAGUGGAGAAGGAAUCACUGCUGUGCCGGCAGUUGCGCAUUUUCAUCCCACGAAGAACUGGGUUGCCGGUGGAACCGCGAGUGGAAAGCUGUGUCUUUGGAUGUAA